UCGAGUUUUAAGUAGUUUCAUUCGGAGGAAGUUUUCGAGGCCUACUUAGUUUUGUAAACAGCCUUUUUCAUUGCAAGUCAAACUUCUUGUGAAGAAAAUAUCGUUUGCUGAAAUGCACUUAUAAGAUAUUUCCAUGUAAUAAGAGAUUGGAACUAUAAAUUUUUGUCGUGCUGAUUGCAGUUUUAUUUUUUGAAAAUGUGUGACGAUUAUGAUAUUGAGUCCCUUAAAAAUAUAGAGCUAGAUAAAAUUUGUCGUUUAUGUUUAUCAAAGAGAAAAUCAAUGAGACCAUUGUUUGGGGAGCUCAUCGUAGAUAUGCUCAUGGAAAUAACUCAAGUAAAAGUAGAAAAUAUUGAUGGAUGGCCAAAUCAAGUGUGCCUUCAAUGCAUACAUCAAAUCUCUAGAUUUCAUGCCUUUAAAACGCGAGUUGAAAAACUAGAUGCACAUCUUCGAGAGUAUAUUAAAGGACUAACAGUGAUAGUGGAGGAGACACAAUUAGAAAUUCCAAGAGAUAUUACAACAUCAAAAGCCGUUAAUCGACAGGAUGGAAUACAACAUAUUUCAACGCCACAAAUGAUUGUGAAUACAGCCCAAGUUUUAAAUAAUAAUCAAAAUACACAAUUUAUCAGCCCUGCCGGACAAAUUUUACAGGGGCAUAUAAUACAGGGUCCCGAGAAUACCGUUCAAAUGAUUACUUCACCAUCAGUUUCUACUCAAUUGUUGCAAUUGAGAUCAACAAGUGAUCGAUGUGAGCUUAUUGUUCAGCCACCUGAUAUGGUCUCUAUGGUGAUGCAAACUCAAGAAAACGCAUCUGAAGUCAGUCCUGAAAUAGAUAUGGAUGAAAAUAUAGAAGAUGUUGAAGCAGAUGCAGAUGAAAACGAAGAAAUUGAAUCAGAAAAUGAGGAAAAGCAAUUACUAGCAGAGUUCAUGGCUAACCAAACUACUACCAAGGAUAAUUUACACAUAUGUAACUUGUGUCAGAACUCUUUUAAGCAUGUGAAAUGGUUACAGUCUCACAUGAAGUCUCAUAGUAACUGGAUGAAGGCUAAUUGUAAGAAACUUCCUGAAUGUAAAAUUUGUUUUAAAAGUUUUCGCGGUGAGGGCAUGUUGAAAAUGCAUAUGAAGGUGCAUGCUGAAAAAAUCAAUUCAUGUACAAUUUGUAAAAAGGAAUUCAAAUCAAAGUCAAUUUUGUAUAGGCACCGCCAAACACACUUUGAGAAACAAUUUAGUUGUACAUCCUGUGAAAAAAGUUUUUCUACGAAUUAUCAACUGAAAAAUCAUUUGGCUAGACAUAGAGGAGAAAAAACAUUCAAGUGUUCUCAAUGCGAUAAAGCGUACUAUAAUAGUUCGGAUUUAAAGAACCAUAUACAAUCUCAUCUGAAUGUCAUCACAACAUGAAAAGAACCAAAUUGUGGAUAAUUAAACACACAUUUCUCUACGUAUUAUCGUCAAUGUUCACUUGUUUUGAAUAGGUAAAAAAUAUAAAUACUAUUCGUACAUAUAUUAGAAUGUUCAUUACUCUGAAACCAUUAUAAA